AUGAUCUUCGCUCCAGCUGUUCUCGCUCUUAUUGCAGUGCCUGCCAUGGCCGAGGAAACCCAGUCUUACGUCUACUCUGACGACGGUAAGGUCUUCACUGUUACCUUCUCUGGUGACGAGGUCAGCAGCAUUGCUACCAAGACCAACACCAUCACCGAGUCCGACUCCACCCGUACCAGAACCUUCAUCACCUGGAUUGGCGAGGGUCCUCGUCCUACAGGUGCUUCUACCUUGGACCACGGUAACGAGCUGGACUCAGACGAGGAGGACUUGUGGUCUUCUGACGACGAGGGUGUUUUCCUUGAGUGGCCUAGUGGCACCUCUGUUUCUGCCGAUGACGAUGGAAACAACACCGACAAUGACCCAGACAGUGACUCUGACGACGAGUCUCCUUCUGGAAGCGUUGCUCCAGCUGCUUACCAGAGCACUUCUCAAGAAGCUGCUGAAACCAAUGGUGAAGCCAGAACCUACACCUACUCAGACGAUUCUAUCUUCACUGUGACUUUCCAGGGUGCUGGUGUUGAGGACAUUGCCACCACUUUGAAAACCAUCACUGGAAGUGACUCCACCCGUGAGAGAACCUACCUUACCUACACUGGACAAGGUGCUCGUCCUACUGGUGAGACCUCCUAUGGAGGUGCUGAUGACUCUGAUGCUGAGGACUUGUACUCUUCUGAUGAUGAUGGAGAAUUCCUUUCUUUGCACGAGGCCGAGGAGGAGGUUGCUUCCAGCUCUGCUGCUCCAGCUGCUUCUGGAGCUCCGGUUGUUUCUUCGUUUGACAAUGCCGGUGAGGCUGCUUCCUUUGGAGUCAAGGCCGUUUUGGCCGGUCUUGCCAUGGCUCUUUUGUAG